UUGGUAAUACUUGGUGGCGAGUGUUUACCGGGCAGGUGUUACACAGCCCACACAGGUAACGGCCGUGUACACCCCGCGGCAUUUCUUGAAUCAUGUCGGUUAAGGCCGUGUCAGUUCGUUGAGACCGGGUAACGACUAACGAGGAGUCAGUUGUGGUUCUUCCUUGCGUAUGGGCAGAGGGGAAGGUCCCCACCACCUUAUUCAAGUACAACCUCCAAAUUUCUCUUGAUUUAUAGUUCCCUGGAAUGGAUACAAGUGUGUUGUGUAUACAUCGAGCUGUGUAUUAUAUGCUUCUUAAACUAGAAAGCAAGAAACCAAACUUUAUCAAGAAGUAAUUGUGAAAUUUGAGUCAGGUGAUUUUUGGGGAACAUCUGUACACCGGAUAUAAGGAGUUACAUCGGUUACUGUGUAUAGUGUGGUGAUGACUCAACCAGAAGCUGCGUCUUGUAACUAAGAAAAAAUGCACGAUACAGACGAGGUGCUGGAGGAGGGGGGGUGCGCGCUCAGUGUUCGUGACGUCAGUGAGCUGCUACACGCCCAGUAUGCCAUCAUCACUGGUGGCAAGUCGCGGGAGGGCUGCCCCAUCCUUACCUUCCCGGACAGAGGCAACUUCGCCCAACUGGGAGAUGAGGAAUACCGCAAACUUAUCAUCUACCUCACUUCUGUGCCCUCACUCCAGGAUGCGGACAUGGGCUUUGUCUUGGUUAUCGACAGACGGAAUGAUAAGUGGAACUCUGUCAAGACCGUCCUGCUCAAGAUCUCGGGAUUCUUUCCCGGGCUCAUCACAGUUGCUUAUGUCCUGAGACCGGCAGGAUUCUUCCAGAAAGCUAUCUCAGAGGUUUCGAACAAGAUAUUCAGAGACGAAUUCAAGUUCAGGGUUGUUGUGUGCAACUGUAUCGGUGACCUGCAUGAAUACAUAGACAAGAACCAAUUGACAGAGGACCUUGAUGGAUGUAUCCCCUACAACCAUGAUGAAUGGAUAGAGCAAAGAGUGAGAGACCGCGAACGUGGGCGGAGAGUAGUAGCCAGGAACCCUCGCCGACUAUUCUCUGGUAUAGAGGAGGCGGCAGUGGCCCACGCUCGCACCGUCAUGGAGCUGGUCGACGAUAUCGCCUCCACCCACACUUCAGACGCCAUCAUUGCAGGAGACUAUAUCCUCCAGAUUCAGCGCCGCCCCGGCUACCACCGCUUCUACAAUGAGCAACUCUUUUCCCGACAGAUCCAGCACGCCGUGGCCACUCUGAAGCAGGCAGUGGAGAAGUUCAGCGCCAACACCCAGGAGAUUAGUGCCUCACUGCGAGCUUUCACCCAGAAGCUGCAGGAGACAGAGUUCCCAAAUGAUGUCGCUUCAACAGAGGAACUUCUUCGUUCUCAGUGUGCUGAAUACAGUGUGCUGAAGGAUGACCUAUUAUCAGCAUCGCGGCAUGGGGAAACAUUACUCAACUGCAUCAAGCGUCCAGGAGAACCCCGAUCAGCGCGCCUUUGUCCUGACAAGCUAAUUAAUGUAACUGCAGUGGAACGCCUUCUGGUUCAGUUGGAGGAAACGGAAAGAACUUUUGAUGAGUUUUGGACAAGACAUGAAGGAAGACUAACACAAUGUCUUCAGCUGAGACGCUUUGAAACAGAUUUUAGAGAAUUGCAGACGUGCCUGGAAGUAUCAUUAAAGCAGCUGUCAGGGAUGUCCGAGAUUGGCGACUCAGUUGUACACGUUGACCAGCUAUUAGCUGAGGCCCAAGACUUCCAUGUGUUAACUGCCGAUCAACUAGAGAAGGCAGAAGAACUCCGGAUUAUUGGCACCCAACUUAUCGAGAGCCAGCACUAUGCAGUUGACUCCAUCCAACCUAAAUGUGUAGAGUUAGUAAGAAUGAGGGAUGCUUUUCAUGAUCGCAUUACUAGACGCCUUGAAACUUUACACAAAUGCAGAGAUCUUCAAGAACGUAUUGAACGGGCCAAUAAAUGGUGUACUGAAGGUGUGGAGCUUUUAGCAUCACAACAAAUCGAGAGAUGUCAAGCUCCAGAAUUUGCGGAGGAAGCCUUGAGGGAACUAGACGAGUUUAUGGCAUCAUCAGAUCACAGUCGGCUGGGUAGCUCUCGGGAACUGAAGACAAUGUUUGAGGAUGUUAUUACUCCUGAGACCAAGGGUCUGGUGCAACAGGUGCUCAAGCGGAUAGAAGAUGUACAAAUGAUGUGUGAAAAGCGAAAGAGUUCCUUAAAGAAACUUGCAACACGCUUGCCCCGUCCUGUGCAUGCUGUGACACCAGAACCCGCUGUACCUCUUUACUACCCCCAAGGACAAACAAGCUCACAUCCACACUCACAUCCAGCUUCACCACUACAUGCUGACCUCCCUAAGUCUCCUAAAAGUAUGAGGAAGGCUUCAACUCUACCUAAGAUGUUGCGUUUGAAGCCAGGAGGCCAACCCAUCAAGCGUCGACCCAGACCUGUGACAGUCUGCCUUGGACAAGAUGUAGAAUUUUGCAGGCCAAUUACUGAAGUUUCACUUGGGGUACAGCAAAGGGGAAUUGUUAAAAGAAGGGAAAGUUAUACACUUGGAUAUCUGAAGCAUGAAAAUAAUUUUCCUGCAUACUCACCAGGGAUAUACAUAAUGGGGCCACAGAUCAUUCAGAACAUUCAGCUGUUGAAUGUACAUAUGAAACACAGAGCAAAACUUGGUGAUAGCGGGGAUUCACCAGAGUGGACAAGUGAUGCUGAGGCAGCUCGAGCGAAGAGAGGCCACGUCCUACGGGAACUUUUAGACACUGAAAGAGUUUAUGUCUCAGAACUCUGUUCAAUACUUAAGGGGUACAAAGAAGAAAUGUUGAACCCAGAGAUGCAGCCUCUGAUCCCAAUCAACCUCUAUGGUAAGAGUGAUCUUCUCUUUGGCAACAUGGAGGAGAUCUUCCGCUUCCAUAAUGAUGUCUUCCUGCGGGAUCUGGAGAAUUGCAUCAACACCCCAGAGCUCAUUGGCCUUUGUUUUGUACAGAGGAAAGAUUCAUUCCAUCGGCUAUACUCACUUUACUGCCAAAACAAGCCCCAGAGUGAAGAGCUACGGCGGCAGGUAGGUGACAGCAACCCUUUCUUCAAGGAGUGCCAACGUCGUCUUCACCACAAGUUACCUCUUGGUGCCUAUCUCUUAAAACCUGUGCAGCGCAUCACCAAGUACCAGCUUCUUCUCAAGGAUUUGCUGAAGUGUGUGGAGGGUAGCCAAGGCCGCCGGGAACUUCAGGAGGCGGUUGACACGAUGCUCACAGUUCUCAAGUGCCUCAACGACUCCAUGCACCAGGUCGCCAUUGUAGGCUUCCCAGGUAACUUGGCAGAUCUUGGUAAGUUGCUCAUGCAAGGCCCCUUCAGUGUAUGGAAUGAGAGCAAGAAGGGACUUAGAGAGCUGCGGCUCAAGCCUGCUCAGAGACACAUUUUCCUGUAUGAGAAGGUGUUACUCUUUACUAAACGAGCUGGAAAAGACACAGAUCGAGCUACAUAUCAUUUCAAGAAUGCUCUUAAGAUGUCGCAAGUAGGGUUAACGGAAAGCGUACGUGGUAAUAAGGGUGAUAUACGCAAAUUUGAAGUGUGGCUUCAAGGACGACAGGAAGUUCACAUUAUCCUUGCUCCAUCAGCUGAAGUAAAGGAAACUUGGGUAAAAGAAAUAAAACGAGUGCUACUUGAUCAGUUUGAGUACCUGAAAGGAGAGAAUAUUAAGCAAUAUUCUUCUAGGAUUCAAAAGGGUGCAAGUCUAAAUGGCAUCAGAAUUCCCCCACUAUCUCCCACAACCCAACAUAGAGCUUUAAGGCAAACUGCAUCAUGGGAUAUGGCUGGCAAUGGGAUGAGUGGCAGUGGUGGCUCUAUUAGUUCCAGCAGUUCUGAGGGUCGGCAAGGUGGAGAAAGCAGCAAAGACAGUAGCCGUCGCUCUACGCGUAUGAUGAGAUCUGUAGAUUCUACCCUUGGAGAUGCUCCAGAAGAGGAGGAAGAAAGCUGGUCGUCAGAUUACUCGGCAUCAGAUGAGGAGGAAGACCAAGAAACCUUUUCUGAGAGCACAGAGUUUUCUUUUCAGUAUACAUCAUCACGGUUCUUGGUUUUGGCUGACUAUAAUGCCAUGGGUGGCUCAGAGGUUAGCCUACGAGAAGGGGAUUAUGUAGACCUGAUCAAAGUUGGAUGUGCUGGCUGGUGGUAUGUGCGAGUCUCUGGAACACCUUAUGAGGGAUGGGCUCCAGCUGCCUACCUUGAGCGGGUCCUCAAGAAGGGCAGCAGGUCCUCCCCAUCAGUCAGUAGUCAGGAAUCCUCUUCAGGUCUCAAACAUGCCACUUCAAGGUCAUCUGUAGCUUCCCUGUCUGCCAAGUCUGAAGAAGUGAACAUACUGUAAACAGAUCUGUAAAUAGCAGAUUAUCGUCCUGUGACAAAAAUAAGAACCCUUGCAUAUUUAAAAUGCAAACUAAUGGAUUGUAUAUAGUCCCUAGAAGGAAUUUUGUUGCAGUUUAUGUGCCUGGUUGAGUGUAUUGAAAUGAGCAAUGAAAAGGCAUCAGAAUACAGUAUGUGCCUGGAGAUCAGCACCACAGUCAUAUGUGAUCUUAAAGGAUUAUUAGUACCUCCAGUACUUGUAUGUGAAUUGGAAGGAAUGUUGACAGCACAAAUAAUGAAGAUGUAGUGUUGGUACCCACAAUUCAGACUGU